CUCGUUUGUCAUACACUCGCCAGCUAAAAGAGUCCAAUCAGAGUGUAAAAAAUUGGUUAAAAUAAAAAGAAAAAAGAAAAACAAACAAAAAAUCGCAUCGGAAAUCUGAAAUCCAUGGACGCGCGUCGUUUCUGGGCGGUGGUUCUAGUGGCGGCCGCGGCGGCAGUCCCGGCGGCGCGCGGGGUGUGGCUGGACUUGCCGAGCUCGGGGGCGAAGUGCGUUUCGGAAGAAUUGCACAACAACGUCGUCGUUUUGGCCGAUUACUACGGCUUCAUUGGCGAGGAUUAUGACGCGAACAACACCGUCAAUCCGUCCAUCACCGUCAAGGUUACAUCACCAUAUGGAAAUGACCUCUAUCAUAAAGAAAAAGUCCAACAUGGCCAGUUUGCAUUUACAACGACAGAGAUGGGAAACUAUAUGGCAUGCUUUUCAUUGGAUGGUGAUCAUCACGGUAAAAAAGUGACAGUUGGUAUCGAGUGGAAAACCGGAAUUGCUGCUAAGGAUUGGGAUUCAGGGCUUGAGCUCGAGUUGAAAAAGCUUGAAGAACACGUGGAAUCAAUUCAUCAAAACUUAAAUAAUCUGAUAAAUAGGGAAGCAAAUAUGAGAAUGGUUAGUGAAACUACUAAUGCUCAGGUCGCAUGGUACAGUAUAAUGUCGCUCGGAUUAUGCAUUUUUGUUUCGGUUAUUCAGGUAUUCUUCUUGAGGCGGUAUUUCCAGAAGAAGAAGCUCAUAUAGUUUACCUAAGUGCAGUAUACAGUAAAUUGAAGAGAGAAUAACGGUCUUUUUAUCCGUAAGUAACUGCGUUAGUUCUCCCUUUGAGUUUGUUUUCGAAUGUACGUUAGUCUUUGAAUGCUGCAAACUAGAAAUACCUAUCUGUUUUGUGAAAAUACCUGUCUUGAAAGGCCUUGAGGAUUUUGUACUUACACAAAUUCUGAAAGGGGAAAUUAUAAUUCGGUUCAUGGGAUCGUGUGAUACGGAAUUUUCUUGGUUUUUCUCGUAUUUUUUCGCAAAAUUUUUCAGGUGGAUAAGAUGUAUGCAUGAUGAUGUCAUAUUUAUAUGAGAUCGAAUCUUCUAUGUGUUCUACAUAUUCCAUGUUGUACUUCAUUAAUGACACUCGUGUUUUC